UACAAUCAUUUGUCAUGUUAUUUAGUUCACAAAUGUGUCUACGAUGAUUAAAUUUAAUAUUAUUAUUUUUUUUUCUGUGUGCUUUUUUCUGAGCAUAGGUUUGUACCUAAAAAUCUGAAUAGAAUUACAAGUAUAUGGCGUUUUGUGCUAUUAUUUUUAAUAUCUUAUAAUCUUAAUAACUUUCUACUUAAAACUAUAAUCCCUUGUGUAAAUGUCCUAAUACUAUAUCAUAAUUAUAAUUUUAUAAUUUUAUAUUUUCAGUUUUUCAAUGUAAAUCAUUGUCAUUAUAUAAUAGAAGACGAUGCCCAUCAAUUCGAGUCAACAAUGGUAGAGUGAGAUUGCGGUCAAAUGGUCGUUUAUUCAGAAUUAUUUGUAAUUAUCCAUUUAGGUUAGUUCAUGGUAGAGAAAUAAUGACUUGUAUUGAUGGAGAAUGGGAUAAUGAAUUACCAAUAUGUGCUAGUAAGUAGUAAACAUAUUGUAUUUUAACAAUAAUUUAAAAUCUUCAGAAAUUAAAUUAGUAAUUUUUAUCUAAUUAACUUAUUAACUAGUAAUUUUGUCAAUUAAUUUAUAUAAUUUGUUUGCAUCAUACCUACUUUAUUAAACUGUACUAUAUUUUUUUUUGAGCCUAGUUGAGUUUUUAUUAGAGCACAGAAGUUGUAGUAGUUAAGUACUAAGAAAAUUUAUUGCAGUAAAACACUAAAAAAUAACAAUUUUUUUACAACAGUGGAAAUAGUUGGCUUAAUUUUUUGACAUAUUAACAAAACAAUAACAGAACACGAUUGCUUAAAAUUCACAGAGUGACUGAAAACAGAUUAUAAGUCAAACAGUCACAUUCCACAAAUUGAUUUUGUAUUGCAUUGAAUACUUGUCAACUUGAAAUUAUCAAAAGAAAGAUAAUAUACCAUUAUUAGAUUUUAUGGCUGGAGAUAUUACAGUAUAAUAUUAUCUAUACGUCUGUCAAAUGUCAAUUAUAGCUAAAAUAGUUGUAUAAAUGAGUAAAUUCAAUAAAAUUGCACUUUAAACUUCUAUGUUUGAAUUCAUACUUACAUGAAACUUAUUUAAAACUUACUUAGCAAUAAAUUGAAAAGGUAGAAAAAAAGUUGCAAAUACAAAAACAUUUGUGCCCUAGUUAUUAUAGGGUGAUUGAUAGGUGCAUAUUAUUUUCUUGUGUCAAUUUCUACAGGUGUCCCACGAAUAUAUAGCUAUUUUAUGUACAAUAUUAUAAAUCUUCGUGAGACAACACGUAGGUGUAUUGUUAUAUAUGAGUAUACAAAAGAUUACAGCCUAUGGAUUUUAAACAAAGACAAUAAUUAUAUUUUAUUCGAAUAUUGUUUAAAUACAGUGUUCAAGGGAUUUUUCUAGCGCUGUUAAUAUUAAAUUUUUACUGUUUUUAAUGGGCUAUUCUUCAAGGAAGGCAUCGAUUUAGAAAAUAUCAAAUUUUUAUUUUCAUCCCCUAAACACACAAAAAAAAUUUUUUUAUUUAUUUACUUUAAAAAAUAUUCAAAAUAUCCAUUUUGUAAAAGAUAUUCUAAAAAUUUAAAUGUAUCAUACAUUCAUGUAUCCGAUUAAUUUUUUAUCAAUUAUAGCCUUUUUAAUUUCUAGAAAAUAGAUGUUAAAUCUAUUAAUAUUCAAUGGAAGGUAAAGAAUUACCGUGCUGAUUGUAAUUCCUUAUCGCAUAACGUGUUAUUUUAUUGAAUAUUAAUUGUUUUCACUUCUAAUUAAAACGAUUGCAACUUAAAAGUUAUUCAUCGGAUAUAAAUGUGUGAUACAUCAAAAUUUUUUGAAUGAUAUUUUUUACAAAAUGGUUAUUUUGAAAAUUUUCUAAAGGGAAUGAAUAAAGUUAUUCUUUUUUUUGUCUUUAAGGAAUGAAAGUACAAAUUUAAUUUUUUUCUCCAAAUCAAUUGACCCUCAAAGACAAACCGAUUGAAAAAAAAAAAUCUAAAAAUAUUUAAUAUGUACAACGCAAGAAAAAUCCGCCGAAUAAGGUGGAACACACUAUAUUAUUAGUUUCAUGAUAAAUACAAUUCCCAAGUACUUUUGGACUAGCAUACAUUGGUUAUUUAAUGAGUAAUGACUAUUGUUCUAAUUUAUACUGAUUAUAUGGACUCCAAAAACAUAGUAAACAAUAAAUCAAAUAUUUAAAAAAAAAUCAUUGACAAAAAAGUGGACCUAGUAUCAUGUUAAAAUUUUAGAUUCUGAGAGAAACGAAGAAGCUUAUGGUUUUACAAAGAUGUUUGUUUUGUUUUUUUUUGUUUAUCUAUAGACAAAUUUUCUAUCAGAAACCUUCCUCCGAUUUUUAAGUUAAGCACCUUUUCUGAAAGAAAAUCGGUGAAAUAUUUAACAAAUAACAAAUUACUUAAUAAAUAAUAUGUAAAUGUAAUAUAUUAAAUAAUAUAUAAAGGUAAAAUAUGUGAAAUGAAAUUAAUGAAAUAAAGUUUUUUCCCCCACUUCGCCCCUAAGGUUCAUACAGUUAUAAAUAAGGUAUGUCUUUAACUGAAUCAUAACAAAAAAUAAAAUUUAAAAAAAUACGUUUCUUAAAUUAUACUAUUGUAUCAAAGUUUUUCCUUAGUUUUCCCAAUAAUUAUGAAAAUCACUUGAUAAAAUUUCUUUUCAUAAAAGUUGCUACACUUAAAAAUCGGAAUAAAGUUUCUGGUAAAAAAGUUGUGCGUAGAAAAAAAAAAUAUCUUUGUGAAACUAUAAGUUUCUUUGUUCCACUCAGAAUCUAAUAUGUACAUCAAAAAUAUUAUAUGCAUGUAAAUAGUGAAAUUAGAUAAAAAAAAAACAUUCAAAAUUUUAAUUAAAUCUGACCAAAAAUUUUGUUAUUGCAUAAUAAUAUACUGUAUAAUACAUGUAUUAUUGUAUUAUACACACUAAAAAUAAAAUAUGGUUGGCAGUGUGGGUGCUAAGUAAAUUGACCAUUGAAAAUAAUUUUACAUUAUCAAAAUAUUAUGUCAGUAUGUCAUUAUAAUUUAAAUAAUAAUAUUAUGUAAAAAAAAAUCAAUUAAUUAGGUAUUUCAUAUACCUACACUAUACAAUAAUUGCAUAUUUAUUAUGUUAUAGGGACAGGUUGUUCAAUUGUGGAUAGUAUAGCUAAUGGAAGAUUGAAUGUGCUCAAUCAAGGGGCCAAAUUAGAAGUCACGUGUAAUCCUGGAUACACUAUAAAUGGUCCUAGUUUUGUUUAUUGCAAUGAAGAUAUUGAAUGGAAUGAAGAACUAAAAGGAUGCAAAGGUAUUUGCCAUUAGAACAUUUUAAUUUGAAAAAAAAAAAAACAUUUUUUUAAUAUUUCUGUUAUAAUUUGUAACAAUGUAUCUUAAAAAUUAAUAAUAAUUUUUAUUUAUAGAACUGGAUCAAAUAAUUCUUUCUUGUGACUUUGAAUCAGCAAAUGAAAGGUUUUGUGGGUGGACAAAUGAUGAUUUGAAUAAUGUUAAUUGGAUGGCUGAUAAUGUGGAAUUUGCUUUAUUCUUCAUUUCUAACAGAUAUCAUGUACAAUCAGGUUCUUCUGACUAUUUUUCAGGUACGUAAGCAUAUUAUUUGCUCGUACAAUGUUUAAGUUUAUUUUAAAUAGGUAAUUAUAUAUCUUUGGAUGCUGGAAAUUAUGGAUCUUCCACCUUUGGAAGAUUAGUAUCUCCAUCAAUACCUCCACCAAUUACUCAAAAUAAACAAAGAUGUUUAAUAUUUGGAUACAAAGUAAUGUCAGGAAAAGUUUCCGGUGUUCCUAAAUUGACAGUUACUUUUGGUGGUAUACCUCACUGGGAAACUUUUGAAGGAGAAGGGAAAGCUAUGAUUGGUUUAUUUACAUUGAAUGACACUGCUCGAGUGGGUAUAAUUUAUUUUAAUUUUUUAAGAAGUAUGAGUAAUGUUUAAACCAUUUUUUAGAUCAUAAUUGAAGGAAAAAGUUGUAAAGCAGCUAUUGAUAAUAUAGUAAUUGCAGAGGGCAAUGGCUGUAUUGAACAACCAAAUGAAGGAGGUUAAAAAUAUAAUUUUGUUCUUUUAUAAUAUAAUUUGUAUUAUUAUUUGUGUGUAAUUAUUAUAAUCACUAUUAUACUUAUAGAAUUUGAAACUUGUUACAAUAGUUGUGGAAGUAGAAGAGGUGGUACCAGUUGUUCGUGUGAUUGGGAAUGUUAUAAUAAUAAUAAUUGUUGUCCGGAUAUUAACCUAAAAUGUCCAUAUAGUAAGUAUUAAUACUUACAGUAUUUUAUAAUAUGUUAUUUUUAUUUAUAUCAGUGUGUUAUACAUUUUAAAUUUUAAAACUUACAGUCAAGCCGAAGGAAGAAAUUGUCACAUUGUAUUUAACUUUCAUCACUACUACACCUAUACCAAUAAAACUGACUACUGCAGUUCAUAGUAACAUUUCAUACACAACUAAUUCUCAUAUUACAGUUUCUUCAAAAACGAUAAAUGAUUCUAAAGUUUCCAAUAAUUUUGUUACAAUCACAACUCCAAUGAAUAAAUAUAAUAUUUUAAUUCCUUCAAUGACAUCAACCAAAAUUCCAAAAAUUAUUAGUACUUUAAACUUAAAUUCGACAUUAUCUGUUCAUGGUUCUCCUAAUACAACAACAAAGAGUUUGACACUUAAUGAUAGUAUAACCACUGCAAAUAAAACAUUCAGAUUUUUAAAUACUACCACUAUUGGCUCAACUAUGAAAUCUCUUAUAAUGAAUAAUACUACAAUCUCUACAUCUAUUAAUACUUCUAAUUCAAAAAUUAAACCUCUAAUAAUAUAUUUUAAUACUUCCACAUCAUUAAUUGAUACACCUAAUGCAACAACUAAAUUGGUAAUAGAAAAUACAACUUCUACUACCAAAUUAAUUAAUUAUUCUUCUACAAUAAUAAAUGUACUAAAGUCCAAUGAUUCAAGUAUUGUUAAACAAACUACAUUUAUAACUGAAUCACCUAAUAUACAGAUAAUUAAACAAACUACUUUAAUAGAUAAAACUGAGCCAACAACAAAUAGUUCGACUAGUUCACCAAAAAAUACUGACCAUUUAAAUACAGUUACUGUUCCUAAUAGAAAGUUUGUUGUUAUUGAUAUUGAUAACCAUGAACCGGACUUAAUAUCUUCAAAAUAUAAUACAACUUUGAUUAAAUCAUCACUUAGCAAUAACAGUCUUCCAAAUGUAACAACUAAUCGCUCAGUAAUACAAUUGUAUACAUUCUGGGAAAAUGUUAAUUUAACAACAACACAAUCUUAUGAGAAACUGGAACUGAAUUAUUCUCUUUAUCAUGAACAUAAUAAAAAAUUCAAUAAAUGGUUAGCAGAUCAGGUAAAAAAAAAUGGUAAGUUUAUAUGAAUUUAAUUUAAUUUAAUUAUCUAUCAUACAAUUUUUAAACCUAAAAUAAAAUUUAUUUUUGUUUUUAGCAGAUGCAAAAUCAGUAAACUCCUUCAACACAGUUACUAUUAUUAAAUACAUUGCUGCUAUAGGAGUUAUAAUUAUCACUUUUAAAUUCACUCUGUCUUUUAUAAAAUGGUAUUUCAAGAAACCUUCUGAAGAUUCCAUGAACAUGUGCUUUGUUGAAACAGAUGAAGUAGAUAUUUGUAGCAUAGAACUGACAUCACCUGGUCAGGUAGAAACAAAUUAUACUUAGUGAUUAUUUCUUUACUAUAAUAUACUAAUUACAAUAGCACUUACAUUAAUGUAUUAAUUUGUGCUUAUAAGUGUAACUAAUUUACCUAUGCAAUUGGAUUUUAGUUGGUUUUUCAGUGUAAAAAAGGUAAAUUGUUAAUAUUUUGAAUUGAUUUUUCGCUUUUAAUAUUGAUGGUCUGUGGUUUUCCAUGAGUCCAAACAAUAAAGUAGUAAAUUAUUUCAACAAUGCUUAACAAGCUCAUUCCCAGAAAUAGACCUAAUGUCCCUCCUAUUGAAACUAUAUAGGUAAAUUAAAAAAAUAAUAAUAAUAAAAAUUGUAUAUUGUAAUAUUGUAAUUAAAUGUUUAAAUUGCUAUACUAUUAAAUUGUAUUCAAUUUUAUAUUUACCAAUUAAGUCCAUACGAGAUCUUACUACAUUUCUUUUGAGCCUCUCAUUUGGUAGUCGAUCUAAUCUAAUAUCUACUAUUGAUUCAUAGUUGGAACCUUGAUCAUCUUGAUCAUCUUGAUUUUCAAAACUAGGUAACAGAAUAAUUAAUUAUUAUUUUUAUGUGCAUAUAUACAAUAUACAGUAUAUUUCGGAAAAGUAUCUAUGGAAUGUGGUACAUAUUACCACUAUGAGUUUAUAAUAAACAAUAUUAUAAUAUUAUAGAAAUAUGUUUUUAAUAAACUAUGCUGAUAAACUUAUUAAUAUUUUAUUAGAAAGAUUAACUUACUACCCAUUGUCGGUGAUUAAUGUCAAGACAUUAUAUUCUGGUUCCGUACAACUAGGUACACAAUUACAAACUAAUCCUAAUUUGUUAAAAUCAUAAGUUUUUAAAGAUCUAAACAUUUCUGAAAAAAAAUUGUAAAUAUAAUAUUAGUUCAUAUGCUAUAAAAUAGAAAAUUUUAAAAAUAGUAUCUCCUACACUGUAUUGUAUAGUAUAUUACAAACCUGAAUAUUCAGUUACACAACUAAGUCCUUCAACCCCACAAAUUGGUGUUCCAGCUAUAUAAUUCAAAAACAAUUUAAGCAAUUUACAUUAAAUUUAUCUAGAUUAACAUACAAAUCCUUAAAUAAUGUGGUGUACAAUUACACUUCUUCAGUAUAGCUUCUGCUCUGCAGUUCACAAUACAUGCAGAAUUACUGUAAAUAUCGUACACAUGUAAAUUGUUUUCAUCCGGAAAACGGCAGUUUCUUUGUGUAAUAGCAACUUCUUUCAGUAAUGGGUCAUUUUCAAUUUCUUUCACCUGCUCAGUAAUGUUAUUAGAUUUCUUUAGAUCCAAACAUUUUAUCUAGGUGCAUCAUCAAAUGCUUUUAUAAUUAUAUUUAUAGUAUUGUAUACCAACAUUUGUGAAAGGAAUGACUGUGAGCUCUCCCUCCCCCAGUAUAUAGUCUUCAAUUUCUUUAAUUAUUUUAUGAAACAAAUAAAUAAAAUAAAAUUACCAUUUCUCAUGUCCACCUUCGGUAAAACUACAAAAUCAUUGUUUACCAAAGUGGCGCCAAAGUUAUUUAAAAAUACUCGGGAAAAUAAUGAAAUAUUGUACAAUGCAUAUCUUUUUUAGUGUAAUAUAUUACAUAACUCAUAGGACUAUUUUUAUAGUUAUAUUUUUUAAUUACUAUUUAUAUUAAUCACCAUUAGCACCAACCACCCACGAACUACCAAAACAUUUGGUCGGGGGUCUCCUGACCUAUACCCAAAGUUUUGGCACUACUGGUUUAUCUAAUUAAUCCAUUAAAAGAAAUUGUAUAAAUACCUACAUAAUGUAAUAGAUAUCUACCUAUAUCUGUUUUUACUUUUACCUGAUAUCUCAUAAAAAAUGAUGUACCCCAACUUAAUAAAAAUUUUUCUUCUUGUGGAUGAUUUACAUAUGGUAUAUCUUCUGGUGAGUGUAUAUAUAGCUAUAUGGUAUACAAAUGUGUAUACGUAUAAUAUAGGUAAAAUACAAAAUUUAAUUAUUAGUAAUAAUAUAUAUUUAUCUAUAAUAUUGAAUAUAAAAAUAUACUUUAAUAGAUUCAUAAGCUGUAAAAGUAAGACGACCUGGUCCUAAUUGUCGAUUUGAUAUCAUUUUUAAUUUUUCUCCAUCUCGCCUGUUAAAAUAAUUUAAAUAGGUAUUAGAUAGGUAUACUGCCAUCCUACUAUCUUAGUAUAACAAACAGUAAAAGCUAAGUAUUCAAAAUUGAAGUUAUUUCAUUUCCGGAAUAAUCUGUUUUUUUUUAGGUAAAACUCAGUAACUCCAUUAGAAAGUUAGGCGCAGUUGUAGUUUUCCCAAGGGUCUUAUUAUUUUUUGGUAGAUAAAUAAUUUAUAAAGAGAAAAUAAAAAACUGAAAGAUACUGGGGAUGAGUGCAGUUAAUGUUAUAGGUGGGGUAGUUUGGAAGGUGAGAUAGGUACAUAAAGACAAAGUUCUUUAAUUUAUACUUGUAACCUAUGAUAAACGAGGAGCGAAGUUUGGUUAUACAUGUUUUGAAAGGCUGUAAUAUUUACAAUUUCCGACAAAAUUCGAUUAAAAAAAAAUACUACAUUAUACUUUUUUUUUUAGAUUCUAAGUGUUGCGAAGAAUGUUCCUAGUGGUUUUACACACUUUCUACUAGAAAGCUUACUCCGAUGUAUAUAAUGUAGACCUUUUUCCGAAAGAAAAUUUUUUUGUGGUGGUACUUAACGAAGUCAUUUUUCGAUUUUCCCAAGAAUUUUCUCAGAAAAUAUGAAAACCCGAAGAAAAACGUAGGAAAAAUGAGAAAAUCGGUACAAUAUUAAACAAAUAUAAUUUAAGAAAAUGAAUUAUACCUAUUUAAUUAUUUUACCAUGCUAUGACAAAUAUAUUGUUGAUAAUGCAUCACUAUUAACUAAACUCUGUUCAGAAUCGUUUUUUCAUUAGAAAUUGUUUAUCGCUGCUUACAGAUAUACAUUAAAUUCCCUUCUGUAUCCUAUCUUCUCAACUUUCCACCUACAAAAGAAGGUACACCAGUCUCUAUUAUCCUAAGACAGCUUUUUUAUUGACUAAAUGCAACUUAUAAUGAACCUCCUGUUUAAUUUCCAAGCAUUUUUUUUUAGUCUAACAAUUUUAUCCACAGAGUAUCUACCAAAUAAAAAUGACAUAAAAAACUCGCACAAAUGUCUCAAAAAUUGCUCAAAUGUUCUGAAAGUUUUACCACAUCUAGAAAAAGUAAAUAUGAGUUUUCUGACAACAUUUAUUUUAAGUCUCUACGAAUAUUUUAAACUGAAUUGUGUUUAAAAUGACGUCCUAGGAUAAUGGGGACGGCUGCACUCUACUGUUAUAGCAACGAUAAACCUUUGUUUACGAAAAAACGAUUCUGAGUGGGGUUCAGUUGAUAGUGAUGCUUUGUCAACAAUAUAUAUGCCAUAUUAUAGUAAAAUAAUUAUAUAGGGUCUACAUAUUUUCUUUAAUAAUAUUUGUUUAACGUUGUACCUAUUUCCUCGCUUUUGCUACGAUUUUUCCUGUUUUUCCUAUGUUUUUACCAAUUUUUCACCUUUGCUGUGAAAACUACGGCGAAAAUCAAAAAAUAACUUCCCUAAAGUACCUUUUUACACCGAUUUUCUUUCAGAAAAGUUACUACGCGUAAAUAUCGGAGCAAGUCCUCUGGUAGAAAAGUUGUCCACAGAAAAAAAACUGAACAUCUUUGUAAAACCUUGUAAGCUUCUACGCUCCUGAAUCUAAAAACGUAAUUUUAAAUAAUAAAAAAAUUAUUUUCCUAAAAUUGUCCCUUUCUUUGUUAGUUUUGUUUCAAUUUUGCUUAAUUAUUAAAAAAGAAAAAAAAAAAAAAAUCAAAAACUGACUUUUACUUUUGUACUCUUACUUUAAAUCAGGUACCUAAUGAGUUUAAAUUUAAUUUUCAAUUAAUAAAACAAAUAAAAUAUUGUGUAACACCAUUUAUAUUUAAUUGUUCACAGAUUUAUAAAUAUAUAUCCACUUAAAUGUAUCAGUUAACUGAUAAAACAUUUUUAUGGAGUACCUACUGCAUUUGUAAUGUUUAUUAUUUUUGUAAUACACAAUCAUACCAGAGAAAAAUGCAGUAUAUCCUUAAAAAUAGAAAAAAUCAAAAAUAUUAAACUAAGUACCUAUUUUUUAAAAAUUAAGGAUGCCUAUGACUAAUAAUUAAUGUAAAAAGAAGUGAGUGAAAAUAAUAAUUUCAUGAUAAAAAUUAAUUUUCCCAAUUCAAUUUUUAGAGAUACUGCUAGUUACACUAAGAGGGUAGUAUAUAGUGUGUACCACCAUGUUCGACAGAUUUUUCUAGUGCUGUUAAUAUUAAAUUUUUUUCGAUUUUUUUUUUAAUUAGUUUGUCUUCGAGGUGAUAUCGAUUUGGAGAAAAAUUAAAUUUUUCUUUUCAUCCCCUAAACUAAUCAUAAAAAAAAAAAAAACUAUUUAUUCACUUUAGACAAUUUUCAAAAUAGCCAUUUUUUAAAAAAUAUUAUUCUAAACAUUUUAAUGUAUCAUGAUACAUUAAAAUGUUUAGAUACAUAGUCGAUUAAAAGUUUCUUCAUUAUAGCAGUUUUAAUUUCUAGAAAAUAGGUGUGAAAACAAUUAAUAUUUAAUAGAAGGUAAAGAAUUACUGUGCUUACUGUAAUUAUUUAUCGCAUAAUCUAUUAUUUUAUUGAAUAUUGUUUAGAUAAUUGUUUUCACGUCUAAUUAAAAUGGCUAUAACUAAAAAAUUAUUCAUCAGAUAUGAAUGUGUGAUACAUUAAAAUUUUUAGAACAAUAUUUUUUAUUAAAUGGCUAUUUUGAAAAUUGUCUAAAGUGAUUAAAUAAAAAGUUUUUUUUUCUUUAUGAAAAUAAAAAUUUAAUUUUUCUCUAAAUCAAUGUCCCCCUCGAAAACAAACCGAUUUAAAUAUAUCUAAUACUAACAGCGUUAGAAAAAUCCGUCGAACACGGUGGGACACUGCGGUACUUAGUUAAAAAUAUUAUUUUUGUUUUAGAGUAAUUAUUAAUAAACAUUAGUUUACAUUAAAUUCGACCCAUAAUUUAAAUAUAUAAUAGAUUUUGGUAAACUCAACUCACUUAGUUGUAUGUAAGGAAUUUAUAAUAAAACAUACACCGUUUUCAGUUGUUACCGGUAAAAAUUGAUCGCAACAUUCAAACGGUUUUUUAUUCCAAGAGCAAUUACCAAUCAAAUCUUUGCAUUGCGCUCGUACCUAACGACAAUCGCAAAAUUAACAAUUAUAUAGGUAGGCACGUGUGUUUUGUUAAAUGCCAGUAGGUAUGUUUUAUUUUUUAAAAUGUACUUCACGUAUUAUUGUAUCAUAGUUUGUUGAACAGUUUAGUGUUUCUUUUUGGCAAUGUGCAAUACACGAAUAGCACGCACCGUCAUAAAACGCGAUAUCUCGAAGAUAAAAAUCUAUAUUUGGAUUUCGGUCAUCCCCGUAUAUCCUUUACAUGUAUACAAAUAUAAAUCAAGUCAAAAUUAAUAUUAAAUCUACCCCGAUUGUUGUUUGUAGAUGUAGGCAGUGGCGUGCCCAGGAAUUUUCAAUUAUAGGGGAUGUAGCAAAUAAGAAUCAUAAAUUCGUCUUUUUUACCCAACUCGAUUAAGGGAAUUGAUAAUUUAAAAGCCGAAUCCUAAAAAAAAAGCCAAUUUAUAAUUAAUACACCAAGAUUUUCCUCAUAACUUGGCUGAUAUAUGUGUAUUUUGAUAUUAAAUACUCAUAUUUUAUUGUAAUUUUAAGCUAACAGAGGGGGAAUAUAACCCCUUACCUCCUCUCCCGCUGUGCACGCCACUGAGUAUAGGGUAGGUAGGUAAUAUUAUUCGCACUUGGCAGCGGAUUCGUACAACUUGUCCGGUGAUUCUUGUUCGCAAACCGAUAACGAAAGGAAACUCGUGUUCCAGGACAAGUACGUAGUGUCAGUGACAAAACUGACAGCAUUAUGAUUAUAAGCGUACCAGGUGGCUUGAAGAUAUUGCCAAGUAGCAUAUGCGGAUAUAAAACACGUCAAAAUCCAGAAUAAUCUGGAAAAUAAUCAAAAUAUGUACAAAGUGUCUUAUCAUGUUUUUCCGAUGCUAAUAUCUCUGUUAAUAUUCAAAUUUAUGUAUUGGUUUAACUUUGAAGUGUUUUUUUCCUGUCUUUAUACAAAUUGUCUACCAAAAAUCUUACUCCAAAAUGACAAGUGUACCUAGCACCUUUUCUAAAAGGCAAUUUUAUCUAGUUAGUUCAUUGAAGAAGUGAUUUUUUGAUUUUCUAAGGGGUAAACAACUUUUUGAAAAGAAAUCUUGCUCUGAUGUAAAAAGUUUAGCACCUUUUCUGAAAUGAAAUUUUGUUUAAUUAAUAUACUGAGAAAGGCAUUUUUUGAUUUUCUAAGGGUUUUUAAAAUAACUGGGAAAAACCCGGAAGAAAAUUUCAGGUAAAUUGGUAUAUAUUUACGGCGGUGUGCUGUGGUGUUACUGAUUUCAUUGUUUUUAAUUUUUGAAAUUUUUAUUUUCUACCAGUAAUAUUGCUCCAAUCGAAAAAUGAUAUGCAAUCUGUUUUUUUUAACAUACAACCAAUUACAACGAAAGUCGUUUUAUGAUAUUCAAACUAGUUUUUAUAAUUAUUGGGAAAAACAGAAAAAUUUACGAAAUGUAUUAUUUUUAAUUUUGUGUUUUGUUUGAUUCAGUUGAAAAUAUUCUUAGAGAUUUGAAGUGUUAUAAACAUGGUAACAUUUUCAUAACAUUUGUGCCGAUUUUGAGCUGUUUAUAGACAUUUAAAUUUUGAGAGUUUUUACGUAAUUUUUAUUUUGUAGGUAUACUCUAUGAAUAAAAUUGUCUGACCAAACAGAAACACUUGAACAUUUACAGGAGGGUCAUUAUAAGUCGUACUUUGUGGUAAAAAAAAAAAAAAUUGAGUGUAAUGUAGAAUUUUUGUUUUCAAUUAUUUUAAUAUCAAAUUUUGAUGGCAGUUUCAGAUAAAGUACUUACUGUCAGUCGAAAACUUCGCACCUUGUGAGAUUGUAUGAAAAAAUUUAGAUUGUUUAUUAUUUCUACAAAUAUUGUUGAUAUCAAAACUAGUGCAGUAGAGAGCAGUGGCCUACAUUCUAUGUUCUAUACAGAGUGAUCAAUCUAUCGUAAAAUACUCAUUAUCUCGGAAAGUAUUAAUUUUUUUCGGAAUCUGUUUUAUAGAACAUUUAAGAAACAAGCAGUUUUACUUAAAUGUUCUAUAAAACAGAUUCCGAAAAAAGUUAAUACUUUCCAAGAUAAUACGAGUGUCUUACAAUAGAUUGAUCACUCUGUAUAUGGUUCCAAGACGAGUGAUACUAUCUCUAUUCUAUACCAUGGUUAUUUCAGAGCACAUUUUUAUUCAUUAAGUUUUAGUGGUUUUAUAGACGUGGUUUUAAUAAAUGUCCACAUUAAAAGUAAAAACUUUAUUAGUUCAAUUUUCAAAAUAAGUAAUACCUAUUGAAUAUAAUUUGUUUCAUAGAUAUAAAUUCUCUUAAAACGGUCAUUACUAAGAAACUAUUAUUCAUCCUAUACAUGUAUGUUAGAUUAAUUUUUUUUUAAAUUAUAUCUAUUACAAAGUGGUUAUUUUGAAAAUGUUGAAGAUAAUUAAUAGAAAUUCAUUUUUUUCUAGUGAUAAAGGGACGAAUUCAAAUUUAAUUUUUCCCUAGGUAUAUAAAUAGGUACCUAUAUUUUUAUGUCCCCUAACAUAAAAUCCAAUUAAAAAUCUCAACAAAGAUGUUAACAUUAGGAAAACACUGUGUGACAUUUUAUGCACCUUAAUUUACCUUUCUGUCCAGUGACGUCUUUCGUCAGCAAUAUAAUUGAACCCGUGCACGGUGCUGUUGCUAAAAUACGUCCAUAUUCUACUCAUGGUGACUAUACAAUAAUGGUAUAUUUAUCGUCUGUAUUGCAAUAUAAAUUAUAAUAGUAUAAUUUUUCAGAUUUUAGUGUUUGAGUUUAUCGAUGCUUUUUAUCAACAAAAAAAAAACCUUUUAGCCAUUAUAAAGUUUAAUUGUAUUGCGAAUUGCAAAUGGAAAAUGGUAGAUAGUAAUACACUAGUAAUACUUAUUUUAUUUAAAUCAAUACCUAAUUAUAGGUAUUUGUCUACUAAUAUGGUUUACUUCUUUUAUACACCUAUUAGCCAUUAAUAUAGAUAGGUACAAUAUACAAUAUAAAAUGCCAAACUUAUCACUAUUUACAUAAAUACAUAAAUUAUACAUAUUUUAUUUAACUAAAAUUAUUAAUACUUACCUGCAUGUAGUCUAUAAAAGAUACAGAUUCUCUAUCUACCUAGCUGUACCUGAAUGCAUGGUUAUUAUUUAUUUGUGUGGGAUAAACCCUAAAGAACAUAACCUAUAUAUAUAUAUAUAUAUAUAUAUGGAUAUUUAUAAGAUUUUUGACAUAAAUGUAUUAAAAGCGAAACAAUUAUUAUAUAUAUAAAAAAAACGGAUAUACAUGGAUGGGCCAUUGUUUUAGGUGAGAAGUUGAGAAUGUGGAGGGGAUAUUUUACGUAUACAUAUAUAUAAGAUAUACGUAUACGUAUAUCUUUGGAGAUAAUAAAGAUAAUCAAAUUCUGGUUUUAUUUAUAAUUACUCACUGGAAUAAGUUCUACACAUAUUUAUAUUGCAAUUAUUUUUUAUGUUUUGGUAAAACAUUUUAUUUUAUUAUUUUUGAAAAAUUUGAAAUUUUUUUAUAGAGUUUAUUUUUCUGGAAAUUUUAAUGUAUCAACUUUUUAUUUUCAUUUAAUUCAUGAUUUUUAAUGAUUUAUUUAAGUUCAGAAAAAAAUACCUAUAAUUAUGCAGCAGGCUGUAAUCACAUUCUCUAAUUGAUUAUUAUUAUUACGAUUAAUUGACUGUAUACUUCUUUUCUCUGAACUUUAAAAAUGUAUUAAAAAUCACGAAUUUAACAAAAAUAAAAUAAAAAGUUGAUACACCAAAAUUUUCAAAAAAAUAAACUCUAUAAAAUGGCCACUUUUAAAUUUAAAAAAAAAAAAUUUAAGUUUUUAACAAAAACAUAAAAAAAUUAAUUACGAUUUAAAUAUUUGUAUUCCUUUUCCCUAUGAGUAAAUAAAAAAAAAAACUUUGUUAUUUUUAUUAUUUCCGGAGGAAUAACAAUGGGUAUAUCUUCGUGGUACACUCUAUAUUUCUACGCAACGAUUAUUCGUUAGUAACGAAAAAUGAUUCUGUUCGGUUAUGCAUGUUUUAAAAGACCUUAACAUUUUUAAAAUUUGAAAAUAAUAAAUUCCAUAGAUUUUUCCGUUUUCCGCUUCGUACGCGUUUUUGUUUUUAUAAAAUAUAAGAUUUAUACAUUAUAUUUUUAAAACUGAAAUACCUUUCCUAUAUCUCUAAUACCUAUAUUGGAUAUUAAGCUGAAAGUUAGGAAACAAUUGGGUACUCCUAAUCACUUUCGACCCUUCUAUAGUUAAAAAUAUGACCUAUCAAUUUAACGGCGCGUAAAUUUCUUAUGAAAAAGGUCGAAAAAAUAAUUGAUUUAUGCCUUUAUGCGUAUACCUACAUAUUACACAUUAUACAAUAAGUAUUCGUAUUAACCAAAAAAUUGAGAAGUUCUUUCGGUAUAUUUAACAUUUUCUGUUUCUCCUAUUAUUUUUAAUUGAGUUACAAGAAAAAAUCAAAUCAUUCUAAUAAUUAUUUUUAUAUUAAGUAUUGUUACAUUAUAAUAGUACUAUUUCUAAUUCUACAUCCUAUAUCUUUAUAUAACAUGACUAUAUUUGACUAUUAGGUACUUAAUACAGUAUAAACUGGCUAUACAUUAGUUGAAAUAAACAUAAAAAAUAAAAAUUAUUUUUUAAACCAAAAUGUCAUUGCCAAACGAAACGUACAAAAAUAAAUUAUCUCCAAGAAACUUAAAACAGAACAGCCUAGAAAAAGACCUGCAGUGCCUCCAAUUGAAACUAUAAAACAUGAACAAAAAUCACUUAUUUCUUAUUUAUAUUAUAAUCAUUUAAAGUAACAUUUACCAAAUGAUAUUUUACCUAAAACGUCAGUAAACCCAAAUAAAACGUUUCUUUUCAAACGCAUUCGAGGAUAUUUGAUUAGUCCCCACUUUAAAUUGGUUCCAAGGAACCUAAAAAAUAGUAAGCAUAAUUAGUUACGGAGAUGAUCGCUAUUUUUUUAAUAACUAAUGACCGUUAUAGAUCGUUGUUGCAACUUACAGUGUUAAAUUUUAUUGUUUCAAAAAAAUAUAUUGAAAAAGAUGUAGGAUAAUGAGGACGGGUGCAGCCACUGUUAUAGAUAAUUUAAUGUAUACCUGUAAGCAACGAUAAACCAUUGCUUACGGAAAAACGAUUCUGAACAGAGUUUAGUUUAAAGUGAUGCUUUGUCAACAAUACAUAAAUUAUUAUUAUUAUUAUUAUUUUUUAGGUUAUUAUCGGCCUCUACCAUCCCAUCAUACAUCUCGCCUUCCACCAUCACGAUCAGUUGUUCGCACCUUCCAAUCUGUUCCUCCUAGCUAUUCCACAUCAUUCUUCACUACAUCUUCUCACCUCAUUCUCGGUUUUCCAGUGGGUCUUUUUCCUGUUGAGUUCUUUUCUAAUGUAUAUAUCAUUUUAUAGUAAAAUAAUUAAAUAGGCUUAAUAUAUUUUCUUUAAUAAUAUUUGUUUAACGUAGUAUCGUUUUUCCUGGUUUUCCCAUGUUCUAACCCGAUUUUUCACAUUUGCUGGGAAAACUCUUAGGAAAAUCAAAAAAUUGCUAUAAUUUUAAAUUGGAGCAAAAUUGCUGGUAGAAAAGUUGUGUACAGAAUGAAAGACAGCCGUAAUAUAUUUUAAUUAAUACCUACAUUUCUUACAUUUUAUAUAAGAAAUGUAGGUAAUAUAUAUAAAUAUCGACUUUAACUACACAUAAAAAUUCCAAAAAUCAGAAUUAGAAUAUAUGCAAAUUUUAACCAAAAAAAUGGGAUGAGCACGCUUAGUGAAUCAUCCUGUAUAUCUCUUAAACAUUCACUGGAGAAAUCAUACGAAGGAAGGAGGGGGAGUAAAUAUUCACUAGGGAAUUAGAAUAACCUAACCUCUUGGUAAAAUAGCACGUAUGGUAAAUUAUAUAAUAAUAGUAUAAGUUACUUGUAAACGAGUUUAAAAUCGUUUAUUACCAUUGUAUUGUAUUAUCCGCUUCUACGAUAUAAUUAACAUCAUCACAAGGUGGAAGACAACCACAGUUGACUUUAACUCCUGACGCGUUUCUGAGGUUUACAAGGAAUUCUGAAAUAUAUUAUCAUCUAUAAUAAUAAAUAUAUAAUCCUAAUUAGUUAUAAUAAUACAAUUUAGAUAAUUUUACCUUUGUAUUGGUCCAAACAAUGCAUGCCUUUGACAUCACAUAUUUUGUAUUUAUCUGAAAGUAAAUGUAUAGUUUUACGUACCCACUUAAAUGUACUUAUUAUAGUUUUAUUUGCUUAUCUUAACAUUAUAUAAUUAUAUUAUAGUAUAAAUUAAUUUUCUCAUAACUUGAGAUACAUUUUUAUCUACGCUUCGUAUGCGUACCGUUUCAGCAGUUGGUCUAUUAUUAUUUUUAACUAUCACACUUUAAAAAUCAUGUUCUAAGUGAUUCUAAACAUUUAAAUUUGCAUAUAAGUUUGGUUAAUAUUUUAUAAUUGAUAAGUAUGACAGAGGAGGCUAUGAUCAAGGUCGUAGCUGUACCAAAUUUUAAUAUCAACUUAAUGAAAAUGUAAAAAACAAGAAAUUUGGGAAGGAUUAAUCCUUCAAAUUAUCCCAGGUAAGGCCUUAAGAGAGGGUUACUUAAAAAUGUAUGUUUAUGAGCGCCAAAUGAUUUAACAUGGUUCUGUCUAAGCGUCACUCUAGAUAGGACUAAUAUUUAAGGUGCAUUGUUUCAAAACUAAAAUAAAAGUAUAAGCAAGGAACGACCUGUUUAGAAAAUUCGCAAGGAUCCAGUGAAGAACAUGGCGACAUUCCAUGUCUAUAAGUGACCCUAUGUUUUUCAACCGGAGAAUAUGCAUGUUCAGUGUGGAGCCAAUCUAAAUACGCCAAACAUAUAUCCGUAUUUCUAAACGAUAUUUACAUGAAAAUAACGGGAUGUCUUAGGCCAACGCAUACAUACAAGUUAUUCCUACUAACAGAUAUAAUAAAAAUAACAGAUCCACUCGAAAUCAGAAGACACGUAACCACUGACAUCGAAAAACCAAACAGAUAAAAGAUGAAAGACACCCUAUGUUCAAACAUGAAAUCACGAGAACAAGACUUAAAUGCCGGAGAAGUUUCAUACGUACAACAAAAGAACUGCACGAAUCCCCAUAAAAAACUAGACUACAAUGGUGGCAACAUGAACAACCAGAACCUAAUUAGCCUACUCAACAACUUCCGUUGAGCGGAAGACAUAUAUAUUAUUGUCAAAGCAUCACUAUCAACUUAACUCCGCUCAGAAUCGUUUUUAUUAAGCAAUGGUUUAUCGUUUCUUACAGAUACAAAUUAAUUUCCCCACUAUAUCCUACCUUCCUAACUUCUCAACAAUAGCAGUGGUUGCACCUAUCGUGCGAAGUAUGUCUGUGUUUUAGAUACUGAAUGUAGCGAAGAAGCUUAUGUUUUUACAAAGAUGUUUAUUUAUUUUUUUCCUGUGAACCAAAGGAAUUGCUCCGAUUUUUAAGUAUAGAAACUUUUCUUAAAGGAAAUCGGUGUAGGGAGGUAACUUCAUUUUUCGAUUUUCUCAAAACAGUUUUCUGAUCAAAUGCGAAAAACCGAAAAAAAUAAACGGGAAAAUGUACAAAAUAUAUUUGUAUAAUAUUAUAAUUUUAUUUUUUUUUGGACAAAUUUUCUACCAGUAAUUUUGAUCCAACUUUUAAUGAUAGCAAUGUUCUGAAAGAAAAUUUAACUGGGAGGCACUUUAGGGCAGGCACAUAUCCACAACGAAGAUCUGGGGUGGGCUCAACAAUUUGUUUACAACAAAUACAAUUCAAAUAUAAUAUAACUCAUGUAUAAUAUUUUCUCAUAUAAUUCUCAUACAAAAAUCGGAAAAAUAAUAUGUCUGAGGGAGGGCUGGGCCCCUAGACCCCCUGGAUAUAUUAUAUAUUAUAGGUACUUACAUUAAAAAAAUAAAGAAAAUCUCUUACCGAGUGGUUUAUAAUAGAACGGGACACAUCCGCAGAGUUUAUUCGCUUGUUUCAUUCGACACUGAAUUCGACACAUAUUAUACGUAUAAACUGCUGGACUUAUCUCUAAAUUGCUUUCAUUCAAAAACCUACAGCCUCUUUGCUUGGGUGUAAGAUCUUUUACUUCCGGUGUACUAUAUAUACUUAAUGCGGUUACAUCUAAUGUUUUGUAGAAAUUUUCCGGGGAAGAGUGUAUACGACAUGCUAUAUCAGGUACUUCGUAGGAUGAAUGCAAAAAUCCCUGAUAGGAAUAUAAUUAAUUGAUUAUUUGAUUUCAGUUUUAUGAUGAAUAAUAUUAGUAUUCCGAAAUUAUUAUGGCAAAUAAUAAUUUACCAUGUAUCCAAAAUUCAUAGACGUGAUUUGAACGAAAAUGUCGCCGUCCAGCGGGCUACCCGACAUAAUACCUUUGCUUGGUAUUUUACUUUUGUUGCGUGUAAUCCAAUAUCUGUAAAAAAACAGUUAUCUAAAUUUGUUUUAAUACGAUAAGCUAUGUAAAUAACGAACUCGUAAUCGUUAUAAGGUGUAAUUUCUCCGUUGUAAGAAUAACAUAUACCCAAUUCGGUUAUAGUUUGUAGUAAACUGAACGACGGAAACAUAUUCACGUGACUGUUACUGAUUAUGUAUGAUAUAUUUGUGCUCAGUAGUUUUACAUAGUCCAAGUAAUCUUCCGGUUGUAUUCGAUUAUCUUCAGGAACGUCUUUAAAUGUUUCGUAACUAGCGUUUGAUAAUAAAUUCAUAAAAUUUCGAAAACUCUCUCUGUCAUCUUCAUUAAAAUUUAUAAAUCUAUAGAAUAAAAUAUAUAUUACAAACCUGAACGUAUUACAUUUUUUUGUGAGUUCGAAAUAAUAAUAAUUAUUAUUUUAUACGAAAGACAUCAUAGUUAGGUACAGUACCACAAUAACAGAUUAUGGAGCUCGUGUAUAGUAGUUUUAUUGGGCCCAGUGGCGUCAAACAAGGGAUCCAGACCAUAUUUUUGGUGUAGUAGUGGUGGUGGGGGUUGUUAAUGGAUAGAAUGUCUCUGUGAUGUAUACAUAUUAUUUAAAAACGACAAUUUUAAUAAUAUUUUGAAUUUGUUUGACCUUUGACAAACGAAUUAUAACAAUAAUAUAUAUUUAACAUAGUUAUAUUAGUCAUAAUUUUGAGUUUUUAGUAUAAAAUAGUGUAAAACCAUGAUUUUCAUGAGUUAGGGAUUUGAUUUUAUAGCAUACGAAAAUUGAUAAAUAUGUGCUAAAAUAUGCAAUAGAAAUGAGAUAAUUAAAACACCAUUUUCAAUAGCUAGAUUUUUGAUGAACGGUAACAAAUGUUUAAAGGGAGAGAAGGAGUAUAGGGGAAAGGGUGAUCUCAUAUUUAACCUGCUGAUACCUUGAUAGGUGGGUGGUAGUUAGGCCUACUAUAACUAUUGUCCAGACCAGUGGCAUAUUUAGGAUUUUGUUAAAGAGGGAGAAAUCAAAUUUUCAAAUAUUGUAUAAUAUGUGCCUAGACUUAAAACAAAAAAAAAGGAUCCAAUUUUAAAUCUAUUUAUUUUUUAAUAAGCAAUUUAUAAUUCGAUUAAUCAAUAAUCACGACAAUUGUAUAUUAAUUAUUAUUACUAUUUAGUUAAUUUAUACUAUUCAAAGAAUAACGAGAAGAAAAAUCUCCUUUAUGCCAAAGUAGUUCGGACAGGUUUCGUUUUUAACAAGGAAACAUAUCUGCUGUUCAAUUUUUUUAAUUUUUUUAUUGAUAUGGUGUCAACAAAUUUUUGAUUUUUUUUUAAAAAAAGUAAAGAAAUUCAAAUUUAAAAAGUAGGUAUACGUAUAAAUAAUAGCUACCAAAAAAAAGGUCAUGGGGAGAGAUUUAUCUCCCUGAUCUUCCCUCUUAAAUACGCCAUUGGACCAGACCAUUUCAAAAAUGAUUCGGUGCCACUAAUUGUGUCCCACCCAAGCCUGCUUUUAAGCUUUUUCCCUUCUAGCAAAUUGAUAAAAAUAAAAAGAAAAAGAGCUGGUACUGCUGAUGGGUAGCAUUGUUGUGUGUACAAAUUUAGGAAGGUGGGAUACAAAUUAUUGAAUUUGUAUCUGUAAACCAUUACUAACGAAGUACGAUUCUGAGCUAAGUCUAGUUAUACCUAUAUGACGUCUUGAAAUGUAAUUAAAAACUAUAUAAAUACAAUGAAAUAAAGUACCUACUAAAUAUUAACACAAAAAUGUUUUGAAAACCCCCUGUAUAUUUUGUGGGCCAUAGUUUCAAUGAAAUAAUCACAACAAUCAUAAUUAUAAUUGACAUAAGAAAGAGUGGAUGUUUAAAUAACUUAACAGCUGUACAGGUUUUUUCCAAUAUUACCGCGUCAUAUGCACCCGCAGUAGUGGUGUUCUUAUCCGACCACUGAAGUUAAGUAACGUCGGGCGUAGUUAAUUCUUGAAUAGGAUACCGCUUGGGACCACUACUUCCUGUUGAUAUUUUAACUAAUACUUUAUCUUUUUAUGGAACUUUCAAUAUAGGUUGCCGAUUGAAAAUUAAAAGUAGGUAGUGGUUUUACUCCCAAAAAUAAGAAUCAAAAAAAAUAAACUAAAUAUAAAACUGUAGAACUGCUUGUCUCUUAAAUGUUCUAAAAAACAAAUUCCGAAAAUAUUUAAUAAUUUCCGAGAUAAUGAGUAUAAAUGGAUUACCCGGUACGGUACAUAUUAAAUAAAAACUACGUAAAAUACUCAUAAACAUAAUGUAAUGCCUAUAAUUAACUUAAUAAUUGUCAAAAUGUUUUUAAAAUUUCACUACGCCUAGAAAAAGAAAUAUAUAUUUUAUGUCAAAAUUUAAAUUCUUUAAAAAUAUUUUUAAUUUAAUAAAAGCAAAAAACAAAAUUUUAAAAAAUAAAAUCAUCAUUUCUGUACAUUUUCCUUGUUUUUUGAAGAUGAGGAGAUUCUUAAUUAUUAUGAAAACCACUUAAAAAUAAAAAAAUGACCUUUUUCCUCAGCAAAUAGAUUUAAAAUAUAUCAAAAAAGGUCUCUACUAUCAACAAUUUUAGAUAAGAGCAAGUUUAUUGUUCAAAAAGUUUAUACAGACAGAAAAAUAAAUUUGAAAAACUCAUAGUAAAACCCAUAGACCCUUCGCUCCGCUUCGAAUCUAAAAAUCACACAUAUAGUAAAAUCAAUACAUUUGCCGCUACAAUAUUAGGUAGAUUAUCUCUAUUGUCGAUUAUAUUACGGUUUAAAAAUGCUCAUAUCGUAUAAAUUAUAAUUUAUAUUUUAUGAACAUUUAUGGAUGUAUAAUGAAUGUCUAUAAACGUCUGUUAAAAAUAUAUAUUUAAAUCUUUUAUUACUGAACUGUAUACUAGUACUAUACGGUUUAUGAAGUUUGUUGUUUAAAAUCAAGUAUUAAUUGUAUUUGUAUUAUUCGACGUAUUCAUUAUAUUAUUCACGAUCAAUCUUACUUGCUGCUGUUCAUUAGUUUCUCAAACUCUUCUACGUCAACUUCAGAUGUUGGACAUAAAGUGACUGCGGGAAAUGCGGUAGCCCAUUCCCUAUAUUCUCUGUCCAUGGAUAUUACGGUUGGGUUUUCUUGGUAACGAGUCCAAGUAGACGAACCCAAUAUAGUAGAACCAUAAAUACUCAAACCAAUUGCAAUCGCCCAAACGAACCUGUCAUGUGAAUAAAGGUAAACCAUCAUAAUAUUUUGCAAAUAAUUGUAAUGUUUUUGAUUUUAAAUGAUUAUUUUGUUUAUAUAUAUAUAUGUAUCAUAAAUCUCGGUUAAGUAGUGCAGGUUGCUUUUGUUUUUUAUGCAUUCAUAAUUAAUAUGCAAUAUAUACACGUACUUUUCGGUAAAAUGCCUCGUUUCGUCAGUUAAAUGAUUAAAUCCGUGUAUAUUAGAAGACGAAAAGAACAAAUGAAUGAAGUGAAAAACUUUUCUUUUAAUUCGUACGAGUAUUCGAUCUUUGUGUUUUUUCAAGUCCGAAUUGUCAAAUUUAAAUGAAACAUUUCGUUUCUGUGGAUUAAGUUCAUUCCAAUACAUUUUAAUACGUCGAGAAUCUGUCAAAAUAGUGUAAACUUGUAUCGUAAACUAGUGUACACCAAAUAACAACUGAAAUGCUGAAUAAUAAUUAAUAACCGACACGGUGUAUACAUAUUUUGUACGAUUUUGAACUAUGUGAUUUCUGAUUUGAAUAAUUUAUUAUUAGACUAAUAUAUGACAUUAUAGACGAGAUAAUAAAUCAACCCUAGUAUAUUAUACUGCUGAAAUAUCUUGGUGUUAUGAAUAGUUUAUCAGCAUUUUUUUUUUUUUUUUGGAGAUAUUUUUAUAUGACGCAUACCUAUUACACGCAACCGUAUCAUGCAAUAAUUUUAACGCUCAACUUAAUAAUUGAUAAUUGUAUCGGAAAUUAUAACUAUACAUUUCACGUGAAUAAACAUAUGAGUUUUUGUCGUUUUCUGAAAAAAGCGAUUUCUGGAACAUGUGACUUUUGAUUUCCGCCUAUUCAUGUAUACCAAUACCAGGUAAUCCAUUUAAAUGUGUACAUUCAUUAUCUCGGAAAGUAUUAACUUUUCCGGAAUUUUUUUCUAGAAAAUUUAAGAAACAAGCUGCUAUAAUUGUAUAUGUAUGUUAUUUUUCGUCAUCCUUAUUUUUGGGAGUAAAACCACUAAACCUACUUUUGAUUUUCAAAUGGCAACCUAUAUUAAAAGUUCUAUAAAUAGAUAGACUAUUAGUUAAAAUUACUUUUGGUAUUGAAAUUUUUGAUUCUCAUCAAUCUAUUAACGAGAUAUUCCGCUUUUAAGUUUGGGUUGGAGGAGAGUAGCAUGGCGUAUCAUUUGUGUGGAAGUACGGCGCGCGGCGCGACGGUUUAGUAAUUCGACUUUUUAAUAUAGGUUGCCAUUUGAAAAUCAAAAGUAGAUAGUGGUUUUACGCUCAAAAAUAAGUUUAACGAAAAAUAAUAUAAACAUAAAAUUGUAGAGCUGAUUAUUGUUUCUUAAAUGUUCUAGAAAACAAAUUCCGAAAACACUUACUUAAUACUAAUGAGUGUGUCCAAUUAAAUGUAUCACUUGGUAUAUACAUCAGAGAAAUCAUAGACUCAUUAAAUGAAGUGAUCUAUCUGCACACAGAGAUUUCAGUAGGUUCCAUAUAUUUAGAUUAUGGGCAUAGCGAAGAAUGUAUUGGUUUUACUAUUAUGAUGUGUUUUUUUUUUAUUUGUUGUGUCUGUAAACAAACUUUCUACCAGAAAUCUCUCUCCGUCCAUCUAGCGUAGCAUCGUUUCUAAAAAACAAUUUCAUUUAGUUGGCACAUUUUAAGAAGGUAUUUUUUUUUCUUGUAUUUAUCUUAAUAAGUGGGAAAACGGAUAAACUGAAACAUUUCUGUUGGUUUUGAUUUUAUUUUUCCGUGUUAAUUUGGUUAACAAUUGUUUUAGAGACUUGAAUUGUUCACCAAAUACUCAUAUUAUCACUUUCUAGAUGUAGUCAAAUUUAAAACAUUUUCUGAUUAUUUUUAAGCAGUUUGCUAUAGUCACUUUAAAUGCUUACGUUUUUUUUUUAGUUUUUAUUUGGUUUAAUAUGGAUGACAUUUUUUAGCUGAACAGGAAUGAUUGAUAAUUUAACACAGAGUUCGUCAUAAUUUGUACUUAUAAUUUUCAAAAUAAAAAAAGUGGGGUGUAGUGUAUUAGCCUUUUCAAAAUCGUUAAGCAAAUCGUAAAAAUAAGGCUUUAAAAAUAUGCUUUAUUUUACAAUUGUAUUGUAUAAAAUUGUGUAGAGUUAUUUUUUGUUCUUCGAAAUAUUGUUGCUAAAUACAAAAUACAAACAUGUUAAUUCAUUAUGAUUUAUGAAUUUUGGGUUAUUACUAUUCCAUAGUAUACAAAUUUACUUAUAUUAUUAGUAUUUACUAUUUAGAACUAGUAUAUACAGAGGUGGCCAAAAGUCGCCAAAAGUCGCAAAAGUGUAUGUACAUUAGAACAUACCAUACGUGUAACUAGUAUAUUUUCAUAAAAGUUUCACAUAUUAUUUCUGCUUUAUUUUUCUGUAUUUCUGAUUUAUUUUUAGAUUUCUUGGCUACCUUGGAAACAAGGGAAAUAACGACGCCUGAUACUACUCCACUUAGAAUUGCUUUUCAUUUGUAAUGAUUUAACAGUAUACAGACUCAGUGGCGCUACAAAAAAUGCAGUAUGACGAAUAUCAAAUUUUAACAAUACCUACCCACCUACGAAUUGGUAUACGCAGGAGAGGGGGAAGAUAUUUUCAAGUCCCCAUAAAAUUGCAUUUAAAAAAUGUUCAAUUGACCGGUUUCCUUCUUUAAAAUCUGUACAAUUUGAAUUCAAUGAUUUUUUAUUUUUCUCGUAGGUGUUUAUUUUUUCUGAUUUUAUGACAUUUAGAUUCCAUUGAACCAAUUUUGUUUCGUCUGCAGAAAUUUCAAGUCGAAUUUUUUUUAUAAUACUCCCUAUACUUGGAUGGUUAUGACCCACUAAUUUAGAGAACCGGUGAUUCCAACCUUCCGUUUGAUUAUUUGUACGUCCGUAUUAUUUAACGUAGUUUCAUACACAUUCCAAGUAGAAGGAGAAAACAUAGGUUAACAUUUUAUUAAUUUUUUCUUUUUUCUUUUGUAAUAACAUGUCUAUAUGUACCGUUCACGUUGGUCAUAUCACCUUGUAAAAAGCAUUUAAUUUAUUAAUAGAAUUUAUUUAUAUGUAAUAUAUUAAAUAUAGGUAGGAAAAUACUAAGAGUAUAUUAAUAAUUUUAUUUUUCUAUAAUAUUAAAUAGAUUUUAAAUUAUUAUUAUAUAGAUACCUAUUAACACUUUUAAAAGUAUUUAUUGAAAACAAAUGUGUUUUCUAUAUUAUUUUGUGUUUUUUUGCUGUCUUUUGUUCCCUAGACCCUUCAUCUAUAUUAUAUAUAUAAAUAUGUAUAUUCUUUAUGUAUUAAUAAAUCGAUAUCGAAAAAAAAACUAAAGACAUUUAUUACCCUUCACUUCUUUGUCACCGUAAAUACGCCACUGAUAAUAUUAUUAUACCUAUUUAUAAUAUAUGCGAUAAUAUUUUCUAUUACAGAUUGCUGCGUUUACAUUGAACAAUUUAAUGAGGCAUUAACCAAAGAAACUGUUUUCAAUAAAAUUAAGAUUUUCUGUAAUUUGUGCAAUAAGUUGUUACCAGAUGUCCAUCGGUCGAAUGUUUUCCGGACAUGCCAUAGUACCUACGUUAUUAUUAUAUUAUUAUGUACGGACAAAAUAUAUUCUGUUUUAAAUUGUAGAAUAUUCAGUGGCGUAUUUACGAUUUUGUCUAAGAAGGGGAAGUACGAUAUGUGAACAUUGUGUUAAUAUAUGUACAGUAUAACAUGUAACAUGCUACAUUUUAUUUAACCAUCAAUAAUAGUAAAGCUAUUAGUUUUAUUUUAUUAUUAGUGUUUUUUA